UGGAUGGCGGCCUCCACCCGCCGGUCUCGUCACCAACCCUCCGCCACGGCGACCGCCAUCACGAACACCACGACCACGAGGAUAACCGGCCCGCCAUGUCGUUCCUGAACAACAUCAUCAACAAAGUCCAGCAGGAAGUUGACAAGAAGAUCCCUGGCGCGGGGCAAAUCAUCGGGCAGCUACAUAACGAGUUCCAACAAUCUCACCAGCAGCAGCAGCAGCAGCAGCAGCAACCACCUUACCAACAGCAACCGCCUUACCAACAGCAACCGCCUUACCAACAGCAGCAAUCGUAUCAACAGCAGCAAUCCUACCAACAGCAACCACCUUACCAACAGCAGCAGCCUUAUGACCAAAACUUCCCCCCUCCACCGUCGAGUAGCACUGGCAACCAGACCGCCGCCACCUAUAAUCAACCAGUGCAGGGCAAAGUCCACUCGUCCUACUCGGCGACCACCUCGCACUCGGGUGGCUCUACUACAACUUAUGCCCAACAUGUAACCGCCACUACUACCACUGCAAACGAGGGCUCUGCUGACAAUUCUUACGCACACCACGCCGCAGCCGGAGCCGUUGGUGGGUCCACAACCACCACAACGACUACCACAACUACCACAUCGAACCUCGGCACAUCCACUUCAUACUCCACGGUCACUACAACUUAUGCCUCGGCGGACUGUCCUGAGCCCACACCUCAGGAACUGGGGGAUAUAUCUCUGGCGGUCGAACAGCUGUGGAACUUGGAUACAGACCGCCUGGCCCCUGGACAGAACUUCCAACUCAAUCUCCAGCAUAAGACAUUUGUCUCUAAUGCCGAUGACGUCGCUCGAGAAAGGCUCUUCUCGAACCUUCACCAAGACAUCUUCGAACGCCCAACCUUCAAGUAUUUCAUCAGCCUCCUGGAUAAUUAUCACGCUACCGUUGGCAUCGAGGAGCAUGAGACUGCGGCCGAAGUCACCGAGCAGCACAAGUUUGUUGAUUCUGUCCUGAAGACCAAAUGCGGUGCGUAUCUGUACAAGUACCUGAAGGCCAAGGGACUCACCCACUGCGACCUGAAUGAGUUCAAGCGAAAUGUCAUCCAUCUCUGGUUCGGAAUGUACAGAAGAGUCAGCAAGAACGACUCUUGUCCCUUCGAACACACGUUCCUGGGCGAGAUCCGCGACAACCAGGUGAUUGGCUUCCAUAAUUGGAUCCAGUUUUAUAUCGAAGAAAGUCGCGGAAACGCCAAUUAUCGUGGCUACAUCACGCCCAAGAGAAAGGGCACCAAGCUGGACCAUCCGACGGGCAGGGAUCACAUCAUGUCCUGCCAGCUUGAAUGGCACGGUUGCGUCAAGCCCGUUUCAACCUUUCUGAUGGGCGUCAGCCCCGAGUUUGAGCUGGCGCUGUACACGCUUUGCUUUUACGCCCUUCCCGACCACGAGGGUCACAUCCCCUUCACCAUCGAUGGCGUCGACAUCGGGCUGACCAUCCACAAGCUCAGGAACGGUCGAGAGAUUGCCCUAGGAUCUGCCUACAUUGAGGUUCUCUAAUUGUACCGAAUCCAAGACUCCGAUGCCACAUGGUCGCUUCACGGUCAGAUUUUACAACGCUCGUCAGCUGAAGCUCGAGGGCACCUUGGCAUAUGAGUCCAAUGACCACUUCCUUCACUCUCAGUAUUUGAGAAAGGGGCUGGGAUGUUGUGUGUUUGUGGCUGAUGGCCGCCUCUUCUUCGAAGCCUGAAUACACACCCAUCCGCCACUCCGCGAUCGGAAG